CUAUUGAAUUAGUCGAGGAGGCGUUUCACCACCACCAUGCCGAUACUCCCGAAGGUUCUGAAACAUCUGCAUUUUCAGCCGAAGCUGCUUUCCCGUCAUGUGAGGAGCACCUCGGAGCGUGCGACUGCGCACCCCAAAGGCCCAUUCGCACCUGAAAGCGAACUUUCGUCCUUGCUCCCACGAUUUGAAGUCGCCAAACUGCUCGUUGACAAUUACUUUGACCGUAUUCAUUGGUUCAUGUUGCUGUUUCACCAGCGGGACUUUAGAGCAAAUUUCGAAAUUUUGUAUUCAUUACCCUCAACUAGACCUCCAGGCCAAAAUAUAGCGACGAACAAUCGAGUAGGCCAAGUGGCUGUGCUCCUGGCUGUGUGUGCCAUCAGCCUGCAAUAUACAACUGAUUCACAAAAGCAAGCUCUCGCACGUCAUGGCGUCGAUCUACAAGCUCUCCAGCAAAGGUUUCUGACUGCCUUAAAACAGAAGCUUUUGGAUAUUUUGUCUCUAGGGUCUUUGGAAACGGUGCAAACAUGUGUUUUGCUGGGGAGCUACUACCUGUAUCAAGGAGAACCUGGACUGGCCUGGCCUCUGUGCGGCUGUGGUCUAAGAAUUGCUCAAGCAUUAAAUUUACACCGGAACUUAACAAAUUCAGCGUCCGCCCGCCAAAGUGACGUCCAACCAAGUCUUGCGGCUAGGAAGCGCGGCUGGUGGGCAGUUUACGAGAUCGAGACCUUUUGCUCAAUGAUGUACGGCUUUCCUCUGAGCAUAUCGGAUAGCGACUGCGAUGUCGACGAAUUGGAUCCCUUUGACGAAUACUCAGGCUCUACAUCACAAGCGCAGACUUCUGAGCAGCCAACUCUCUUGUUUUUUAAAUGUUACAUGUCGAAACUCUCAAGAAUUGUCAAGUCUGCUCUGACCGAUCUUUACGGCACCCAUCGGGAUCUGGACAGAGAAAAUCAUCCUAUCAUGAGCCACAAUGCACGCCUCCAGAGCCUCAUCAAGAAGGUGCAGGACUUGGACUCGCGGCUUUUGCAAUGGCGAGAAGGUGUAGCGGCAAAGCUUCGGCCAACGACUAUUAGUGAUUCGGGUUCCAAUCAAGCUCGUGUUUCAGGCCAUUCUGAUCAGAAUGUUGACAAAACUUUUGAAGAGCACCUUUUCCAGCUCCAGGCACUGGCACUCAAAUUGGCUUAUGAGAAUGCGAGGAUUCUAGUCCAUCGACCACUUUUAUCAUACAAAACUAUCAUUCGCGAGGGCGGUUCACGCCAGUCAGCUGCUCCUGACCCAUUUCAGUAUUCUAUCGAAAUAUGCCGAGACGCAGCCCUCCAAAUAUCGAGAGUCGGAUCAGUGCCUAAUUUUAAGCAGGUAUAUGAUACAUAUGCAGUCACGUUUGUCUCUUUGCACCUUUUCACCGCCGGGGUAACUCUUUGCAUAAUGGCGAGCCUCGAUCCGCUAAGUCGCGAAGCACACGAAUCAAAAAGAGGCGUUCGGGCGCUGAUGGAGAUGCAAGGGUUACUGAAGCCAAAAUCAGUUGCUGCUGGGCAGGGGUUGGAUAUCCUUCGAAACCUGAUGUCGCUUGUCAUGGCCAAAGAAAUUGACAGUAUGUUCGAGAUGGAGCAACCUGCCUCCGUGAAUGAGACAGAAUCUGCGAACCAGUCUUCAGUCUUGAAUCUCCCUCACCAGAGCGCUGAUCAGCAUUGUGAGCGAGAGAGACAACCGGGGUCACAAUUCCGCACAGCCACGUUGCCAACGCAGAGAGAAUGUGAUAUGAACUCGUCGGAACCUGACCAAAAUUUACUAGACGCUCCUCUACAGUUGGAUAUGCCAUUCGACUGUACAAACUUUGAUUUUUGUGAGAAUCCAUCCAUCACGGAGGCUUUGCUAGACUUUGAACAAGUGAUCAAUUACCCGCCGAGUGAUACCGUAGAUGAUGACACAAGUUCAAGUCAUGCGGGUGAACUUCCUUCUGGCGGUUUCCAUGUGGGGCAGGAUCAAGGAUGGAUAUGGGGCUGGAACUAUAAUGCAUAGAAGACGUGGUAGUCAUAGUCCAGGCCUAUGGCUAAGGAAAUUGACGACGGCGAAAUCGGACACUAACACUAGGAUGACUUCUUAUGGCUAAAAUGGAAAGAGGAGCGUGGCUAAAUACCGUCCUACCGUGAUCCGUACUUCCGCCGGAGAAAAUUACUCGAUCAAGAAGGGCUUCCGCCUCCAUGGUCUGUGGCAAAUCUAGGCAUGGCCAAUUCUGGUUUAGGUCACCCAGAUCUAUACCAUCAACAACAGCCUGCCUGUACGCCGACUGAGGGC